AUGGACGAGUACGAAGUCUUUCAUCGUCUUGCUACGUACCCUUUCUCCUCUUCAACAAUGGAGAUGUUCCAAUGCGCUCUGCGACUCAUUCGAAGUCGCUACCCGAUAGCCUUCUACCGCGACGCAGAAGAUACAGCCGUAGAGUUUCCACCAAUGGAAGAUUUCUUUAAGCAAGAAAAAAUGCCACUCCAUGUCACUGGCAAAUGGAUCAGUUAUAUGCAGACUGUGGCCUGUUCUGUUAAUACUGCAGAACAAGGGGUCUCCCCGUCGUUGUGGCGUCUUGCCCGAGACGACCACGUAGAUAUCGACGUAGUCACUGAUUAUCUCCAGCUAUUACGGUUAUCUUACCCGUCUUUCCACUUCACAGACCCCGUCCCUAUCGCCCCUGACACCAUCGAAAACGUAACAGGGCUUCUGGGCACACCAGAUGCCAUAACCCUCAUUCCAUGCCAUUACAACGGAGCCUGGUUUACCGCCAUUGCCUACACAGAUUGCGUGCAGUUAUACGGGAUGCACGUUGAAGACAGCCCAAAGAUAGAACAGCUGCUACAAGUCUUGUUUCCCCGUCGUUUGAUCCGUUUCUCUCGGCCACCCCUGGCGGCGCGUCUCGAGGACUCUGGGGUGUGGAUGCUUUUGAGCAUGCGGAUGCUAGUCGCUGGAGGUUUACCGAUGCAGCAUGUCGACACUACAUUUCUCCGGAGCUCGAGAGCACGAAUUUUCAUGGAGCUGCUGAUGAAGAAACUUGACGUGAAGGAAUCUGAUGUUUCAACCCGGAUUCAGGAAGCACAAGCAGAAAACUCUCUCUUCUUCGACGAGGCCUUCAUAUCCGAAGACUACGUCCCCACACCGUCAAGCUCAAUCUCCACAGCUGACAGAGAGGAAGACUACAAUUUUACACUGGGUGGCUCUCCCGAACAAGUCAGCCGAUCUUCUCUAUCGCCUGAAGAGCAGCCCUCGUCCAGAGAACAAUCUUCCAGCGCAGAGACGACUGUGUCGGCACAAGCUCCGCGCAGUCCAUCAUCGUCCCCGCAACCGCCGUCCCCGCAACCAACCGAGCCCACCCGUAAGAAGCUCGCCUCGCUGCGCAGCAGCCACAUCCCCGACACUAGAGUGCCCGGAAUGCCGCAAAGAAUGCCCAAGCAGUGCAAAGACAUCCUUGACAUGUUGAGCGAGGCUGUGGUUUUUUACCGAAGUUCUCGCAUGUCGGAAAAAUCGGAACUGUCAGUAAUAUGGUCUGCUAUGAACAGCGGCUUCAAGAGCGAGUUUUACAGACGCUACAUCUGCGUGCUGUUUUAUAAGCAGAUGGACCGUCUUGCCAGUGAUGAAAAGUUUGCUAUACACGUAAAGACCAGGAUGUCAUACUCCGAACGAAGAAAAAUGAACUCUUUCAAGUCGCGGUGCAAAAUCUGGCAUGAUAUCUGCGAGCUCCGCCACAACUGGGGACCCGCCAAAUAUGCGCUUCUUUGCGUUAUGCCAGAAAAGCCAAACUUGGAACAUAUGAAAACCCGGGAGCGGGGGGGGCAGCUCAAGCAACUAGGUGAGCGGCUCAAUGAUAAGUAUGACGACCUAUCGAGCUAUGUAGAAGCGGCGACAGGUCUAUGCACAGCUUUGGUCCAAGGCAGUCUCCCAUGCGGUUUGAUGAUUGAUGACUAUCGUUUGAGGCCGGACCAAGAGUUCAUGGAGCCUGAAUUUGCUGCUUAUACAAGCCUCAAUCCGCGGCCGGUGAUCUCAAUCCCAAGACGGACCUCUGGCUAG